GACCCAGUUCAGCAGAGACUGUGGGCCUCAGAUCAGGAACUUUAUCUGGCUAGUAAUUGCAUCGGCAUGCUGGCUUUCUUGUGCAUGCGUGUGGGCACUUGGGGAGCAGGAUUCAAAGCUGCAGAACUUUUGUGCUGGCAUCCUCUCGUGAGUAUGAAUUAAACAGCUCUCACGUGCAGGACCAUGGCUGGAUUCUACAAUUGCCUGAAAAGUAAAAAGCACUGCGUCAUGGCGACAGGGCCCACGGACGUUGUACGGACACCUGAGCCAGGGGAGGCAACCGAGGAGUGUUCAGGAAAGAAAAAAUCCAAAUUUCAGACCUUCAAGAACUUUUUUGCUAAGAAGAAAAGAAAAGAGCCGCCCGCUUCCAGCGGGGAGAGUCAUUUAAAACCAAGCCAGUCCAGCAGCGAUGUCAGCUUCCCUGCGCUCGACACCAUUGCUCUUCAUUCACCAGCGGAGUCUGGGUCCAAAGGAAGCCUGGGAAACAAAGCCUUGUCCCAUGACAGCGUCUUCAUUUUUGAAUCUGCAUCAGAAACCACGGCCAGGGACGUGUCUUCUCAGGAAAACCUACCUGGGAAAGUGAAAACGUUACAGCUCCAGUUACAACAGAACAUCAAACUUGGGUCUUCUCCUCUCCUUAUAACUAGCAGGAAAUUGGAAGAUACAGGUGCUGUUUCAGAAGAUGAUGGAUUACCUAAAAGCCCUCCAGAAAUCUCCACUCUUCAUGAAGUUCUAACAUGUUCACCAAGCAAGUCCUCCAACCCUGUACAACGCCAUAGCUCUUUGAGUUUAGGUGGGACAGACAGUGAAGAUGAACAGGUACCUUCUGAUGCUUCCUCUAGGCCCGUUAGCCCGUUGUCCUCUACGACGCUUGUGAGUCCAGCCACACAAGCCAGCAGCUUGCUUCCUGUCGAUUUCAACACUCCUGCCAGUCCCCUUGGCUGCCUGGAUACCUCUGCAGCUCGGCACAGGAUAGCAAUAAACCCACGGAAACAGAGAAUUUUUACCAAUAAGAACCAGCAAACUCCUCAGGAACAACCGGAAAAGGAGCAGAAUCUUCUUGUAACUCCAGAAAGGAAAAGUGCCACAAAAUUCCUUGAUGCUGACCAGCAUGAAAAUUGGUCAGGUUCAUUGGGCCAGGAGGAGAAUAUCGGAAAAGGAAGUGGUGCUGACGAGACCCAAGCCAUAACAAAGCCGGACAGUUCCACCAGUGACUCUCAGAAUUGUGUCUCCGCUGCAGAUGUAGCUUGCACUUUGCUAGAAAAGGAUCCAUGCCCUAGAGAAACAGAUCACCCCUAUGAAAUAGCGGUGUGUGUUCCAAAUGCGCCGUCUUCUCCAGCGAAGUCUGAGGAGGAGAACAAGGCAAAGGAAGUACUGGUACCUUCCUGUUCUGAUGACUCUAUGGGUGAAUUCCAACGACUUCUGCAACAUUCCGAUGACGUAUUUGAACGUUCUGAAGCUCUAGAGACUGAACCAGACGCUGUUGUCUAUCAGGACGCAGUAGCGUCUGACUUGUACGGCACUUCCAUGGAAAAGGGGGACAUCAAUAUAUUGGUGGAUGCCACAAAGGUAUCCUUAGAACAACCUAUAGACCAAAGUGACAAGGUGGCUGAAGACAGUGGUGUGGCACUUGUAGGAAAAGUGGAUGAUCACUUUGGUACCAAUGAGGACAACUUCAUCUGGCCUGACUCUGCUCUUGCACAGUGUGGUUCACAGGUUCAUGUAGCUGCUUUGGAGACUGCCCCGGAAGGAGAGCAGAUGACUGGUUUGGUGCCUGAAAAUACCCCAGCAGCAGAAGAUGACAAAGAAAUAUGCAGAGUUAUGGAACUUCAGCCACCCAAAGACCAUGUAGAUACAAAACCAUCCCUUCAAAAAGACCCGGUUGUGUCAAUGUCCGAUAUAGAUUGCAUGCUGCCUCAGAGUGACAAGGAGCUACCUUUCACACCAGAAAUGCAUAGUCCUGUUUCAAAGGCCAGCCCAAGCAAUCAGGAGAGGGAUGCAUCCAACCUUUUGGAAAAACAUUCCAUCGGAUGCCUGGCCUCCUCAAGUUUGGCUGGUUUCAAGAGUUAUAUCCCUCCUGUUGGUGACCGUAAGGAGAACCAGUUAGGUGACACAACUUCUCAAGCGAAGACAAGGAAAGAAAGCCGAUCUGCAGAGGAAAACGUAAAAACUCCAGUGAAGUCCACUGAUGCGAAACCAGUUAGAUUUACCAUUGCUCCUGCCUGGCAAAGAUCUCUUUCAGGGGGUUCAAAUUCCAAGGAAGAUUUCUGUGCAAGAAUUUCCCCAUCCUCUCCUAUAAGACCAGAGUUGUUUGAAGGAACAGCUUACUUAGAUGCCACCAGGCAAGAGUCUACAAAGAACAACUCAGGGGGGGUUGAGAGAGAUAACAAGAGCAAUAAGGCCAGUUUGAAUUCUUCCAGGGAGGGGGCAGAGCAUGAAACACAGAAUGCAGAAAACCCAUUUGGGGUUAGACUGCGAAGAACAUCUUCUUUGCUAAAGUACCACAGCGAAUCUCCAAUGCAGAUGCCAGUAGCCGUUCACAUCUCCUCUUCUGGGUCUGUCAAGGAGGAUCAAAAAUCAGUAAGCACUGGGAAGUCUCCUCAAGGCCUUCCAGGCAGUACAAAAGCUUUGGCUAAAAAUUCAGCUGUCGUGGAAGAGAGAAAUGUUCCAAAACCUGAAGAAAUCUCAAAGAAACAACACUCUAACAAACUUUCAGAAAAAGUCCCUAGUCCGCUUUUGGAAACGGUUUCCUCUGAACCAGCUUGGGUCUCCAUGGCAAAACUAAAGCAGAAAGGUUUCCAGGGUCAUCCUCUUGCCAAAGGACAUAAAAGGGAGGACAAAACAUUGACCAAAAUGGAACCAGAGGAGCGAGUGACCUGUGCUAGCGACCAUGUGUUGGGAAGGAACGUGGCUCCCAGCCAGCGCGCUCAGGAGAAGAUCUCACAAGUGAAGAUGGCCGUGUCCGCUUCAGCAGCAGUGACGCUUGGAUCCCUGGCUCAGGAAGCGCCUGUGGUUCCCGCCCCUGUGGUUCCCACCCCUGUAGCGCCUGUGGUUCCCAGCAAUCUGCCACUGACACCGUGCGGCUCCAUGGAACCAUCCUGGCUGUCCCUGGCCAAGAAAAAAGCCAAAGCGUGGAGUGAAAUGCCUCAAAUCGUUCAGUAGUAAAUGACAAGAUUGCCCGUCUCUGUAUUGCCAAUAGCUGCAUUAACGCCCUAUAACAACUUCUUCACUGGACCAUUUGGGGAGCGGGGGGAUGAGAUGAGAGCCCUAGAACCUUCCGCACAGACGGUAGCUGUGCACGCGUGAAGAGGAAAUGCCAGGGAAGGGUUACCCUGCAGUCCCCACCAGCAUUAGCAAAAGGAGCAUUUUCCACAGCAAAGCCCUUUGAAAGUCCACUUGCCCGAGUCAGACUGGCCGCGCGCUGGGCUCAAAGACGGUGCUGCUCUCAGAGCCUCGGAAGCUUUUCCCUGCCAAAAAGGGGCGUGUGUCAGGUGCCCGGCUCACAGGACGGUGUCCUGCAGGAAGCCACGGGGAGCGGUGAAUUAGUUUGGUGCCACAAAACGGUUUCAGAGCUCUUCACUGGAGCACCCAGACUGGCGGUCGCUCGCUGAGGUAGCAUCUCUGUCUCUAAUGCUCGCGCUAGGGCGGGGCUGUCUGUGCUUCUGAUGUGUGCUGUAUCUGUUGCAUAAUUGAAAGAAGACAUGAGUAGCUAAGCCGACCUGGGAGGGGAGGGUCUCAUUUCUUAGGGGUUGGAGUUACCCUGCCUUGGGCCUCGUGCCUUAUAUGGCCAACUGGAAAGAACCCAGAGCUGCACGCCUUGGAGUUCUAUUGCGAAAGUGUGUUAAAGAAUCAGUACUUUCUACACACUAGAUUCUGCUCAGUUACCCCUGUAAAUCUGGAAUAACUCCACUGACCUGAAUGUAGGCCGGAGAUGCUGGACUUGGUCCUUAUACGUAAGCUAACAUCUCUACCUUUAAUUUCUAGCAUGUAGCAUUCCUCCAACGCCUCGUUGGUUGAAUGUCCCUACUAAAGGCAGAGGUGGGGAAAGUUUUGAAUCAGGCUUGUUUUCUGCGUAGAAGGGUGCCUGUUUGCCUCAACCAACCUCUCACUGUUCAUAUUUAUGGCACUUUGAUGUUUUAGGCUAUUUCCUUUCUAGUUUAGGGGGAAAAAAAGCACCCUGCAUUCACCCAUCAAUACAACGCUGAAAGCUGAAGAUGAACAGUUGUUUAGAGACCCAUAGCUGGCAAACAGCUGCUCUUUUACGGUUCAGUUCUGCUGUCUCUGUGAUUUGUGGCACCCCGCCACUGACUUUAUGGGGCAGAAUCAGAUCCUUCAAACUUUCUGACAUGACUUAGGGACGUCGGUGUCAUGACAACCAAGCUGCGCCUGCCUAUACAUUGCACAUUUGCAACACGUUUUCUGUUUACAGCCCAGGAAAUCAUUGAAGGUCUGGCUUGUCUGACAGAUUGUCUUUAGCACACAAGUUGGGAAGCAUCUCUAAGGAAAAACCAGUGCCUGGCAAUAGGCCCAAAUGUGAAAUAACAGGUUGAACCUUGGAGUAACUCUAUCUGGGCUUCUGCCUGUUGGUUCUGGCCUGAAAUCUGUAACUACUUCUGAAAUCUGUAUCCACUAAUGAAGACUGUGCAAUUGAUAUUCAUGUAGCUUGCACGUUUCCUUGCAGAAACAGUCCCACUUAAGUUUAUGGGUCUGCUCUCAUGAAUCAAAGCUAAUCAGAAAGAGUUUGUUCCACAAUUGGUUUAGUGAUACUGGCCUGUUUUACUACUUGUUUGUAUCUGCUCAAAGAAGUGUAUCUCCUCCUGCGACAUACGGCAGCACUUGCAUUUCUCUGAAGUUGGAGAGUAUUAUGUAAAAGAACAAAUUAAACAUUAUCUAGUACUGUGGUUCUGACCUCACAUACAUGGGCUAACACCCUCUGUUUAAACUAUGCACUUUCCUACAUACUGCUAGUACUUCUCGCUUGUUCUUUGCCGGUCUGGAUUACAGCCUCACACCUAAACUACUGUAAAUGAUAACAGCAUGUUUCUGUUCCCUCGUUGCUUUUUGUUCCUCAUAUUGUCUUUCCUUUUUUGUAUGGUAUGUAUAUACGUUUUUGUAAUCCUUACCUUUGGAGGACCCCCUUUUGUAUUCUGUUCCCGUAUUUUGUUUUACUAUUAAACGCUAUUGUCAUGA